AAACGGGACGGAGAGACGUCUAACCCGGAAGGAGUAACACCAAUAACAGUCCCCCCUUACAUGUCCCGAGCAGGAAGAAACAAGUCGGUUAUGUAGCUGCUUUUCUCUGCUGCUUGUUUCCAUCGCUGCUUCGACUUGAUGGCUUCUCUGAAAUCCCUGCUGGCGCUUUCCAGCAGGCUUUUUCCGUCGUUCGGGAAGCAGACUCCUGUCGCUAACAUCAGGAGGACUUUCUUCCUUCCAGCACUCUUCAAACGCGCAGACGGCAGGCUUAUAAUCUUUGGUCGACAGUGCAGUUCUGCUGCAGCCAGCGCACAGAAAAGCGAGGACUCCUUCCUCAAGUGGUUCCUGCUGCUCAUCCCUGCGACCACCUUCGGCCUGGGGACAUGGCAGGUGAAAAGGCGUCAGUGGAAGAUGGGACUAAUCGAUGAGCUGAAACGGCUGACCACAGCAGAGCCUGUUCCUCUUCCUCCUGAUCCCCUCGAAGUGAACAAGCUGGAGUACAGAAGGGUGAAAGUUCGCGGGCACUACGAUCACUCUCAGGAGCUGUACAUCAUGCCCCGCUCGCCUGUCGACCCGGAGAAAGAGGCCAGAGAGGCAGGAAGCCUGUCGUCCAGUGGAGAGAUCGGAGCCAAUGUCGUCACCCCGUUUUACUGCUCCGACCUCGGCAUCAAAAUCCUGGUCAACAGAGGAUACGUACCGAAGCAGAAGAUACGGCCGGAGACCAGAAUGAAGGGGCAGGUGGAGGAUGAGGUGGAGGUGGUGGGGGUCGUCAGGCUGACAGAAGCGCGUAAACCUUUCGUACCGAGCAACGACGAAGAGAGAAACCGCUGGCACUACCGUGACCUGGAGGCCAUGUCCCGUCUCACCGGAGCUGCUCCCAUCCUCAUCGAUGCCGACUUCAAGAGCACGAUUCCAGGGGGGCCAGUCGGGGGACAGACCCGGAUCACACUGAGAAAUGAACACAUGCAAUACAUCGUAACUUGGUAUGGUUUGUGUGCGGCUACUUCCUACAUGUGGUACGCAAAAUUCAUCAAGAAGAUUAGAAUUUAAUCGUGCGAUGCUGAGACUGAUGUUACACAGUAAUUCUUGAAAAUGUCGACUAUAUAGUGUAUCAGUGCUUUGUUGUCCAUGUAUCCCAAAAUACAAAUAAAUAGCUUAUGACCAUG